CGAGCUUUCAAACUCCAGCAGCAGUCACUCGCCAGCCGCCCGUGCUGUACCAACCGGGAGUGGUAUACUCUUUACGUCACAAAAUUUGUUUUUGUCAUCAUUGUACGAGUCUUAUACGAAAAAUCAUCAGCUUUUCACUGUGAACAAGCAGGAAGAGAAAGAUCAGAUACCGUGCGAAUACAUCGUGUAGCCUUUCCAACAAUCCCGACUGCAUUUCAAAAACCACAGGGGAUGCGAAAUCCGACGAGCGAUGACAGGACCAGCGUGGGGGUCGAGGGUCUGCCUCGUAUUGGCGGCAAUCACGUUCGUUAUCGCCAAUUAUCCACGGCACCGCGACAGACACCUGCGCGAGCAGCUCGUUAACAGCCACAAAGUCACCAGAAAUAUUACUCAACUGCAAGAAAUAACUGCCAAUCUGCCUCCCUUACGAAUCCCGCGUUUGAGGCAUCACCGCGUCACGGAUUGGGAUCCGUAUUUCGAGAAUGCAGACGGCCAAGGUAUCAACGGCUCGCAAAAUGUGGCGCUGCACUUAGGCGCAACGGCCUAUCUCGAUUGUCGCGUCGCUAUGCUCUCUGGGAAGAAGGUAAUGUGGUUACGACAGAACACCGAUUGGGCAUCUCUCUUAACUCUCGGGAACACCACCCACAUAUCGGAUUCGAGAUACAGCGUGAGCUUUCAGUAUCCAAACAAUUGGAGAUUGGCCAUCUCCGGUGUGCGGAGAGAAGAUCACGGGGUGUACGUUUGCCAAGUGAACACGCAUCCGCCGAGAAUGUUGGUCACGAAUGUCACCGUUCUUGCGCCGGAUAUUAGAAUCAUCGACGAAGCCAGACACGAGUUACGGGACCGGUACUACAAGACCGGAAGCGGAAUCGAGCUAGCAUGCGUCGUCCGGCCGUCCUGCCCCGACUCGAGGGUGCCGUAUCCCGUGUGGCGGAAAAACGGCGAGACGCUGCCGGAUCACGUCGACGUUUAUCACAUUAAUGGGUCAAACGAGGAUUUGGUGACGAGGCUCUACAUCGAACGAGCGAAAAAGACUGACAGCGGAGAAUAUACGUGCUCAGUAAGCCAAUUCAGCACGACCGCGGUGCAUAUUCACGUCCUAAAUGGCGAAAAACAAGCUGCUGUCUACGAUCAGUGGAACGCGGCGCGUACCAAUUGUUACGCAGCUCUUACCGAGUUUUGCGUUGUGUUCGUCAGUUCACUUCUUCACAUGUGGCAAAGUUAUUUUCCAUGAAAUCCAUUGCCAAUGUUAAAUUUACAUCAAUUUGCAACAAGUUAUACGUGCUUUGGCACUUCUGUAUAAAUUACGUACUUCGACCUCAGCAAAACAAAGCAAAGCUUUUGAUUAAUACAACAGAAUUGUUGCAAAUGCAAAUUUGUUGAAUAAAUCUAUGUCAGUAUUAUAAGAUACUACAAAAGAAAAAUAGAUAUUAAUAUUAAAAUAAAUAUUGUAUUUCUACGA